CAUCCCAAGACAAAAAGAUGGGGGCGGGGGCGGGUAAGAAAAUGCCCACGCCCACCCACCCCACCCCUAUUAUUAUUAAACUGCACGAAAGGGCUGUAGGAGCUAAGUAUGAGGUCUCCUCCGCUGCCCUGCCACAGCUUAGCAUCCAGCCUCCCGCCAACCCCCAUCCCAGGCCCCGCACCGCACCCCGCUCCAGCUGUGCCUGGGGAGGGGCUGUCCCGCCAGAGCGUAGCUAGGCAGGGCGAGGCAUUACCUGUUCUGCUCCCGCACGCGUCUGGACUUCCGAGAGCCUGCGCUCUGCUCCUAGCGCCAGCUGCCCCCGGUGACCCCGCUCCCGCUGCGGCCGCUGCUCCCGCGGCGCCUUUCCCCCGGCCCUGUGUCCCCACAGGCUGGUCUCGCGCACAGAGUUGCAGCUGGGCUGGGAACUGCCACGUCAAACACUCUCCCGGCUGCGCGCCCCCAGCGCCGGGGCUCAGACCGGCUGCCGCGCACCCGCCGGCGCACGCGCACAGACGCGACGGGGCGGGGCGGGGCCGGAGGCGGGGCCUGGCCGAGAGAACUGUCGGAGUUUGGGCAGCCCGUCCUUCCUUUUUUUUUUUCUAUUCGCCUCUUUCUGUGUGUUUUGUUUGUUUCUUUGUUUGUUUGUUCCCCUAUAACAGGUCAAAAUGUUAACGCUUUUGAUAAAUCAGUGUUUUCACAGCGGAGCCAUGUAGGAAGGCGGGAGUGCGUAAUGAGUGUUCAUUCAUUCUUUCAUUCAACAGGUUGCAGCUUCAGCUAUUCAUUACGUAUUACUUGAGUAACUGAUAUUACAGGUAUUGCUUGCUAAUAUGGAAGGUACACGAUUCAAGACUCCGAAGAGAUGAGAGUUUAAAGGCGAAUCUGGCACGUGUAUACGGACAAUUUGAUGACGCAUUUGUGCAAUGCACUACAGAAGAAGGAACGUCCGAAGCAGCUUGGCAACGUGUAAAAUAGGUAGAAAAAGAUGUCCUAACUGAAAAGUGUGGAUUAUUGGCCUUUACCAGACAGGAGGAUCAGCCUGGAUUCCCAGCCUUCCUUGGUCCAAACUACCUCACUGUCACCUGAUGUCAGCCUCUGAUGUUCCAUGUAUAAUUAAUGUGGUCACCCUGGUAACCAAAUCCUAAUUGAAAGGUGAGGUCACAGGGAGUGUCCAUGUGCUGGAGUUCUGUGUUCUUUAGGGUCUUUCUGUUCUAAAUUUAUUCUUAUUUAUUUACUUUUUAGUAAUCUCUUCACCCAACGUGGAGCUGGAACUCAUAACCCGGAGAUCAAGAGUCACAUGCUCCACCGACUGAGCCAGAGCCAGGAAUCCCUCUGUUCUAACUGUAAAAGGAAAAUAAAGAAGAUAAUCGACGGUGCAAAAGAUUGUAUAGAAAGAGAAUGAAUUACCUGACAAUACUCAGGGUUCUUUCUGUUAUAUAUAUCCUUUGGAAAAAAACUAUGGUGCUCUAAGCAUUUAUGUAACUUAAGAAAUUUGGAGUCUCUGGUUGAAAAGCUACAGUUUGAAGAGGAUUUAUAUUUUUUAAAAAUGAAAUAGCCAAGACUUGGACUGUAUUAAACAUCUGAAAACACAAUAAAUAAGGCCAAAUUAAAUGGUGGUGGCGAGAAGGGUACAUGGUAGGCUAACUUGAGCAGCAACCAAUAACAGUAAAAAUACAGUUUAAAUGAUCAUCAAGGGCCAGACGCAAAGGUACUUCUGGAAAUUACUUCUUUCUCUGUUUUUUUAAUACAAGUUUUAUUGAGAUAUAAUUAACAAUUCACCCAUUUAAGGUAUAUAGUCCUAUGGGUUUUAGUAUGUUUACAGAGUUGUAUAGCCAUCACCACAAUUUUAGAAUAUUUUCAUCCCUCCCCAAUAAACCCUGCCCAUUAGUAGUCACUGCCUUUUCCCCACUACCCUCCCAUUCUACAGCCCUAGGCAACCACUGGUCUACUUUUUAUCUGUAAAGAUUUCCUAUCCUAGACACUUCAUAUAAAUGGAAUCAUAUAAUACGUAGCCCUUUGUGACUAUCCUUUCACUUAGCAUAAUGUUUCCUUUUUUUUUUUAAGUUUAUUUAUUUAAAGAGAGACAGAGACAGCACACGUGGGGAAGGGCAGAGAUAGGGGAGAGAGAGAGAAUCCAAAGCAGGCUCCAUGCUGCCAGCACAGAGACCAAUGCAUGGCUCAAAUCCAUGAAACUGUGAGAUCAUAACAUGAGCUGAAACCAAGAGGUAGACACUUAACGGACUGAGCCACCCAGGUGCCCCUAGCAUAAUGUUUUCAAGGUUAAUCCAUGAAGUAGUAUGUAUUAGUACUUAUUUCCUUAUUGCCAAAUAAUAUUCCAUUGUAUGGAUAUAACACAUUUCACUAUCCAUUCAUCAGUUGAUGGGCAGUUAGGUUGCUUCCCCCUUUUGGCUAUUAUGAAUAAUGUCAUGAACAUUCAUGUACAAAUUUUUGUUUAGAUAUACAUUUUUAAUAUUCUUGGGAACUUCAAAUAAACAGCGUAGUUUCAACGUAGUUUUUGGAGCAGUCUGGCUCAAAGGCUGUGCACUUAGCAAUUAGGCAAUGUUGCCACUCUGUAUGAGAUUUUAUUUUUAAAAUAAAACAGGCAAUAUCACCCCCCAUACAAAAAGACAAUAACAAAAUAAUUAAAAUUGAAAUCUCUUGUGAAAAUGUAACUUACCAAAGCUGAUUCUAGAAGAAAUAUUUUUUUAGAGUUAAAAUAUAGAGUUACCAUAUGGCCCAGCAGUU